GUGCCACCGUGUACGUACACGUUCGCUCGGCCUCCUUUUCCCCUCGCCGUCGCUCCCUCGCUCAGACCGACGCGCACCGCCGCCUCCCACCAGCAUCUCCUUCUGCCGCCGCCGCCGCCUAACUCUCUCCCUGUGCCGGAGGCCCAGCUCUCCGCAGCGUCUCUUGUUCCUCCCCUGCAACGACUCCAGCCUCCGACUGCACGCGCGAAGCCCUCCUCCGAACUUGACAUCGACACCGGCGCCGGCGAGGCGAGACGACCAGCCGGGUGUCACUUGCUCAAAUUCGUUCAGAUCGUAACUAGGUCCUGACAGCGAAUCCCUGUCUAGCUAGCUGCCUCGCUCUCUCCCUGCGCCGUUUAGAGCGAGGAGGUGGAGGCGAUGGGGACCAUGACGAUCGGUGCCAGGUACAAGGCCACGCUCAAGGACCGCGGCACCGGCGGCGUCCUCCGCAUGAGUGAAGAUAAGUUAACAUUUACUCCUAAUGAUCCACGCUCACUAAUGAAGCUCAGUGUCGAUUUUCGGACCAUCAAAGGCCAUAAGUUCAACAAGGUAGAUGGUAGCAAACCAACACCGGCAUUAUUGAAUCUUUCAAAAGAUUCUGACAAGGGGGGAGGCUAUAUUUUUGAGUUUGAGAAUGUUGGUAACCGUGAUUUGUGUCGCGACUUUGUAGCUAGGGUUUUAGGCAAACAUCAAGGUACUGUGCCUGCUAGACCAAAUGUACCUCCUGAGAUAUCAGCUGUGUCAACUGGUCCAGAACAGCUCAGUUCUGCCGAAAUGGAACGGCGAAUGAAAUUGCUACGAGAAGACAGUGAACUGCAGAAGUUACAUAAGAAGUUUGUGCUUGGUAAUAUUCUCCAAGAGUCUGAAUUUUGGGCAACAAGAAAGAAUUUACUUGACGAUGAAACAAACAAAGCAUCAAAACAAAAGCCAGGUUUCAAAAGUGCCAUGCUAGCUGAUGUUAGGCCAUCAGCUGAUGGACAGACAAACAAGGUUACUUUCAGUCUGACUACUGAGAUUAUCCAUCAGAUUUUUGCAGAAAAGCCAGCCGUGCAUCGGGCAUUUUUAGAUUAUGUCCCGAAGAAGUUGUCAGAAAAGGAUUUUUGGACAAAGUACUGUAGAGCUGAGUAUCUACUUAGAACAAAAAAUACUUUAGCGGCAAAAGCUGAGGCCGCUGAUGAUGAGGAAUUAGCCAUGUUUUUGAAAAAUGAUGAUAUACUUGCCAAGGAGGCAAAGCUCAAGAUAAAACGAGUUGAUCCAACAUUAGACAUGGAGGCAGAUGCAGGAGAUGACUACAUCCAUCUUCUGGAUCACGGGAUUCUCCGUGAUGGCAGCAGAGACACAACUGAUACUGAUAGCGAGUUGGCUAGGAGAACACUUUCUCAGGAUCUGAAUCGGCAUGCUGCUGUUGUUCUUGAAGGGAGAUCAACAGAUAUUGAAUCAACUGAUACGAAGACUGUGGCUGAAGCACUUGCACGGUCCAAGAAGGAACCACCUCCUAGCUCUGUUGCUGAUGAUGCUAGUCAUGAGAGAUUGGUAAAGGUGGCCCGCAUGACUGAGAUAGAGGAUCUGCAAGCUCCACGAAGUCUCCCAUACGCUCCACUUUGUAUAAAGGAUCCUCGAGAAUAUUUUGAUUCUCAGCAAGCCAAUGCUCUGAGACCUUUAGGUAGCAACGAUGGAAGAAAGGCCCGCAGCUGCAGCCUGAGCACCGAUGAUACAUUCCAUCAUUUAAUGGAUCAAAUAUCUUCCGUGAAAAUGAACUGUCCGGUUGUUCAGUCAGAUGUUGCUCUAAAGGUUCUUAGUGAAUUGAAUGAAGGAAUUUCACGUUCACGGAGGCUUAAUCUUAAGAAUCCCCAAGACAGUCUCCUUGGUCGUCUUCCUCACCGAACACGAGAUGAACUUAUGGAUCAUUGGACGGCUAUCCAGGAGUUGCUGUGCCAUUUUUGGUCAUCAUACCCAAUAACAACCACAGUCCUUUCUAAUAAGGUUCAACGGCUUAAGGAUGCAAUGACACAGAUAUAUCAGAAAUUACAGGAUAUAAAGGAAUCAGCACAGCCUGAUGUACGGCAUGAAAUAUCUCAACUCGUAAAGCCCAUGACUCAGGCGCUGGAUGCUGCAUUCAACCAUGAGCAGCAGCAGAAAUCUUUAAAGGCCGGGAGCAAGCCCAAUGGGUUUUGAGCAGAGAACACCACCACCCAUAAGGAUUCAACCUGAUUACUGCUAGAGCGUGAGGGCUGCCACACCUGUGAGCUCUUGGCGGCUAUGAUGUGCUAUUGAACUGGAGGCUUUGAUUUUGCUGUGUAUUUUUUAUUUAACGUGGAACAUAAUAACGCUUAGUUGCAAAUUUUGCCUUGGACAUCGUGUCGUAUUCCUCAUUUCCACACCUGUGAGCUCUUGGCGGCAAUGAUGUGCUAUUUAACUGGAGGCUUUGAUUUUGCUGUGUAUUUUUUAUUUAACGUGGAACAUAAUAACGCUUAGUUGCAAAUUUUGCCUUGGACAUCGUGUCGUAUUCCUCAUUUCCACACCUGUGAGCUCUUGGCGGCAAUGAUGUGCUAUUUAACUGGAGGCUUUGAUUUUGCUGUGUAUUUUUUAUUUAACGUGGAACAUAAUAACGCUUAGUUGCAAAUUUUGCCUUGGACAUCGUGUCGUAUUCCUCAUUUCCACACCUGUGAGCUCUUGGCGGCAAUGAUGUGCUAUUUAACUGGAGGCUUUGAUUUUGCUGUGUAUUUUUUAUUUAACGUGGAACAUAAUAACGCUUAGUUGCAAAUUUUGCCUUGGACAUCGUGUCGUAUUCCUCAUUUCCACACCUGUGAGCUCUUGGCGGCAAUGAUGUGCUAUUUAACUGGAGGCUUUGAUUUUGCUGUGUAUUUUUUAUUUAACGUGGAACAUAAUAACGCUUAGUUGCAAAUUUUGCCUUGGACAUCGUGUCGUAUUCCUCAUUUCCACACCUGUGAGCUCUUGGCGGCAAUGAUGUGCUAUUUAACUGGAGGCUUUGAUUUUGCUGUGUAUUUUUUAUUUAACGUGGAACAUAAUAACGCUUAGUUGCAAAUUUUGCCUUGGACAUCGUGUCGUAUUCCUCAUUUCCACACCUGUGAGCUCUUGGCGGCAAUGAUGUGCUAUUUAACUGGAGGCUUUGAUUUUGCUGUGUAUUUUUUAUUUAACGUGGAACAUAAUAACGCUUAGUUGCAAAUUUUGCCUUGGACAUCGUGUCGUAUUCCUCAUUUCCUCCUAGCUGUUUCAAGAUAGAAUAUCAUUCUGGUUCUUUGUUGUGUUUAUGGAUAGCCUAGUUGUUUAUGCUCUACCCUUGCGGUGGCGACGUGCAAAUGGUUAUAAAUAAACCCUAACGAAAAGGUAGCUAUACAAUGAUAAAUCUGCAAUUUGCUUUUGUGGA